GCCACGGCCUUUGGGUGAUGGUAUUGUAGACUGACAGACAGUGUUCCAUUCACCAUGGGUCGACUAGUGCAGAUCUGUCUCGUGCUGAGUGUCGCCCUCGCGGCUUCCGCCCAAAAGGCCAAACCCAAUGUACUGUUCGUCAUGGCUGAUGAUAUGGGCUGGGACGACUGGUCCUCCCACGGCUCGCGCCAAGUCCUGACUCCCAACCUGGACUCCCUGGCGGGGUCUGGAGUGCUGCUGCACCGCUACUACACGCACGCCCUCUGUUCGCCGGCGCGCUCCGCCGUGCUUACUGGACGCUACUCGCACACCAUUGGAAUGCAAGGCCGCCCGCUCCUGCACGGCGAAGCCCGAGGCAUCCCCACGACCGAGCGUCUGCUGCCGCAGUACCUCAAGGAGCUCGGCUACCGCACGCAGCUCGUGGGCAAGUGGCACGUGGGCCACGCCUACCGCAACCAGCUGCCCAUCAACCGAGGGUUUGAGAACCACUACGGAGCGAGGACCGGAUUCAUGGACUACUACGAGUACAACUCUCAGGAGGCUUGGGCAACUGGUCCCGUUUCUGGUCUGUCUCUGUUCCGUGACUACAAGCCCGACUUCGAGGCUGAGGGAUACAUCACCGACCUUUACAACGAAGAGGCUAAGCACAUCAUCCGUAGCCACAACACCUCGGAGCCUCUGUUCCUGAUGGUGACCCACCACGCGCCCCACAACGGCAACGAAGACGCUUCCCUGCAGGCCCCUCCUGAAGAGGUCCGCGCCCAGAGGCACGUCGAGCUCCACCCCAGACGUAUCUUCGCCGCCAUGGUCAAGAAACUGGACGACAGCGUUGGUGACAUGGUCGCUACCCUGAAAGAGCAAGGAAUGCUCGAGAACACUAUCAUCGUAUUCGUCGCUGACAACGGUGCCCCCACCGUCGGAAACGGAGCCAACUCUGGAUCCAACUACCCGCUGAGAGGAGUGAAGGGAUCCCCAUGGGAGGGCGGUAUCCGUGUGGACGGCCUUGUCUGGGCUGGACCUGAGGUCGCUGAAGGAAACGACUGGCGUGGAAACAUUUUCCAGGGCAAGAUGCACGCUUCUGACUGGCUGCCAACCCUGCUCGAAGCCAUCGGUGAGAAGCCCCCGGCAGGUAUCGACGGAAUUCCCCAAUGGAAGCACAUCCUCGAGAACCAGCCGACCAGGCAGGAGAUCUUCGAGAUCGACGACUUCACCGGCUACUCUUCCAUCACUCUUGGCAGGCACAAGCUGAUCGUCGGAACCGUCAACGCCGCUUACAACCUGCACAGAGGAGGAGACCUGCGAGGAAUCAUCGGCCAGCCCCCGAACUACCAGCAGGCGGUGCUGAACAGCAAGGCCUACGCCGCCAUCACGGCCGCCGGAGUGCCCAUCGACGUGGAGCGUCUCGAGGAGAACAAGGAGAAGGCCACCGUCACCUGCGGCGAAGGAGUCGCCAAGGAGUGCAUCCCUACCGCUGACAAAUGGUGCCUGUACGACAUCAUCGACGACCCUUGCGAGUACCGUGACCUGUCAGACUCUCUGCCCGGUCUGGCCGAGGUUCUUCGCUUCAGACUGGCCCAAGAGGAGGAACGAGUUGUCCCCAGGACCGACAAGAACGACCCCAUCGGCAGCGAGCGCGCCAUGCCCAAGAACUUCAACUACACUUGGGAGACCUUCAUGGAUCUGGAGCCUUACACCGCUUAAGCUGGUUAGAUUUGAGAUUGCUUCGGGGUGAAUUAAUCUGUAAGAUUAGUUUUAAUGCUGCCUUGAAUGUGAUUUAAAUAAACUUGAUGUAAAUAAA